ACUCUUUUUCUUCACCAGCAUUUGGCAGGUCCUCACCAGGUUCCAUUCUUUCUAUGCCUAGAUCACACCCUCAAAACGGUACCUUACCUACUGCCGUUUGCUGUCGUUUACCUCACUCGGCAUCCGUUCCUUACCGUUGCUUUGCCGGCCGCUUCCAUUUAAGCAGGAGAAAACCUAAUUCCUAAGGUUGCACCCAUCUCAUUGCGUGAUCCCGCCGGGCCGGCUGCUGAAGAACAGGAGGGGUAAUUUCAACGUCCACGACAGCAAUGCCGCCUCCCAAUCGCAUUAUCCUCUGGCUGUGGCAUGUCCUCGGAUGAUGGCGUAUCUACUGUAUUCUGGCCCUCCAUUGUUUGCAGCCGAUUAAGUCUUUGCGAUCGUUGUUGUCUCCUUGUCCUAGAACAAUCGAUUCCCUUCCUGCUGAGCCACUGCAAAACUCUCCGCUGCCAACACUGUCUCCGUACCUGAUGAGAACAUGGCCAGUCAGAAGUGGGUGGGUGUUAUGUUCCCUGCGGACCGCUUCACACAUUUCCACUCUAUCAAAAUGCUGCUGAUCGAAAGAGUUAGAGCCUAUGAAACUGUCGCCUUGUACAUACUUUUGUCGCAAGGGAAGUCAGUAUGCUGCUAUUGUCCAGCGCUGGGAGCUGCACCUCGCCGGAUCGCCGCGAGCCCAACUCCAUCUUAUCCCUGGGCAUGUAACCCAGAUGGAUAUCGGUUCGGGCCAACAGGCCUGUCAACUUGGGACAAACAUUGAACUGUGCCGCUUUUCGAAGCGGAGCAAAGACCCCCUGCUAUCGACUUGUUCCCCCUUCCAAUCUGUGCUCUCAAUUGGUCUCGAGGACCUCGGCCAGCAACCAAUGGAGUUGUUUCGUCCGUUGGAGCAUUGCCUGAUAUUGCUGUCUCCUCACGCAGUAAAAUGGAGCACACCCGAGUGAAACGGAACCAACCGAUCAAUUGCAAUUCUUCAGGAUACUCUCGGCUCUCCCACCCUUCCGACGUCUUAUUUUUUGUCACGUUGAGACGAGCGUUGGCACUUUGACCACGUGUGCUUGCUACAACAAUUUCGGUUUUGCGACGACGCCAAAAUCCUACAGGAAAUCUAUGCUUUUGGUCACUGCAGUGAGAUAGCCAAGAACUGAUUGCUCUACGCCGUGCAUUAGCGGUAAGAUUUCGUGAUGCCUUCUGACUCGCGACUGGGACCCCCUUGCUAACUCCCCUGUUUCUCUAGCUUCCAGAAAGAAAUCGUGGAUCCGUGGAGGUACCUGAAGCCAUGUCCAGCAACGACGAUCCAGCUUCUCAGCACCCCGCUGCUGCUAUUGAGGCGGCCGAUGGACCAGCUGACGAGAGUGAAUUCGAGCCUGUUGACUGGGAUGCGUCCUCGGUCGACUCUGCCUCGCUCAGCUCCAGCGUCUACGCGCACGAGUACGAAAAUGGUCGUCGCUACCACAGCUAUCGCCAUGGGCGCUAUCCCAUGCCCAAUGACGAGACGGAGCAAAGUCGCGAGGACAUGAAGCAUACCAUGUUGCUCGAGCUGACCGAUGGAAAGUUGAUCUACGCACCCAUCGGCGAGACCCCUCAGAAAAUCAUCGACAUUGGAACUGGAACUGGAACUUGGGCAAUACAAGUUGCCGACCUUUUCCCUGCCGCUGAAGUUCUUGGGAUCGAUUUGUCUCCAAUUCAGCCUACUUGGAUCCCCCCGAAUGUAAAAUUCCUUGUGGACGAUGCCGAGGAUGAAUGGCUCAACGGAGACGACUUCGAUUACGUUCACCUGCGUUCUGUAGCCCCCGCGCUAAGAAAGCUUGACCGUGUCUUGACCCAGGCAUAUGAACACAUGAGGCCCGGUGCUUGGAUCGAGUUCCAAGAGCUUCACGGUCAAGUUCACUGCGACGACGGUACCAUGCCUGAAGAUGACAAACUCAAGGAAUUCUACGAGCUUACCGUCGAAGCCUUUGACGGCCUCGGCAUCAUGUUCCAUAUUGCACGAGACCUGCGUCCCCAUCUCGAGGCUGCAGGAUUUAAGGACAUCCACUGUGAGGUGAAGAAGAUCCCGGUCGGAACCUGGCCCAAGGACAAGACCAUGCGGCUCAUUGGACAAUACAUGAAGGGCGUCGUUGCCGAUGCUAUCCCGGCCUUCGCCGGUAAACCCUUUGAGGCUCACGGUAUCUCGAAUGUCGAGAGUCAAGUGUGGCAAGCGACGGCCAAGAAGGAGCUUGAGGACAGGACUAAGCACCGGUACCUCAACUUUUACUUCUGGUACGCGCAAAAGCCUGCAGACGCUCCCGAACAUGAUGCUGGCGCAGGCUCUUCAGGUGAGGAUGACGCUUGAAAGGGUUGGGUGGCAUGCACUGACGACAUGUCUUUGGAAAAUGUUAUGCGUAUUCAUUUGAUUUUCGAGGGCACCAGAUGCCGAUGUAGCAGCUCAACUUCUCUUGAUACGAAGAAGACUUCAAAUUUUAUACUAAUAGUC